GGAGGCGAUGAGAGGAAGCUGCGAUAAACACGGAGGGCGGCUGCGCCUGUCUCUGUAGGACAAUACCUCCAUGGUCUAGCGAUGGAUCUGGCACACACGCUGCUGCUCAAGGUCUUCCUGCUCGUGUAUUUGCUCAACUACACUCACGGACACUACAGGAAUCCUUUGAACAAGUACAUCCGUCAUUAUGAAGGCUUGUCCUACGACACAGAGCUUGUUCACAGCAAACAUCAGAGGGCCAAGAGGGCACUCUCUCAUGAAGACAAGUUUCUUCAUUUAGAUUUUCACGCCCAUGGAAGGCAUUUUAAUUUACGAAUGAAGAGGGACACCAACUUGUUUUCCCAAGAUUUGAAGGUGGAUGUCUCAGGAGAAGAGAUUCCAUAUGAUACUUCUCACAUCUACACUGGAGAAGUCUAUGGUGAAAAGGGUACGCUAAGUCACGGCUCUGUAGUGGAUGGUAAGUUUGAGGGCUUUAUACAGACGUACCAAGGAACUUACUAUGUGGAGCCCGCUGAGAGAUACCUGGAUGGAAAAGACGUGCCCUUCCAUUCUGUCAUCUACCAUGAAGACGACAUACACUACCCUCACAAGUACGGCCCAGAGGGAGGCUGUGCUGACAGCUCCGUGUUUGAGAAGAUGAAGAGGUACCAAGCCUCUACGCUAGAGGAGCCAACCAAGGAGCUCCAUACUGAGGAGAACUCUAAUCACCCCGUCCUGCUGAGGAAGAAAAGGAUGGCCCAGGCGGAGAAAAACACCUGCCAGCUGUUCAUUCAGACUGAUCACCUCUUCUUCCGCUAUUACAAGACCAGAGAAGCAGUCAUAGCUCAGAUCUCCACUCACGUUAAGGCCAUCGAUGCCAUCUAUCAGGGCACAGACUUCAUGGGUAUUCGUAACAUCAGCUUCAUGGUAAAAAGGAUCAGGAUAAACAUAACCUCUGAUGAAAAAGAUGGGUCCAACCCGUUCCGCUUUGCCAACAUCGGGGUGGAGAAGUUCCUUGAGCUGAACUCGGAGCAGAACCACGACGACUACUGCUUGGCUUACGUCUUCACAGACAGAGAUUUUGAUGACGGGGUGCUGGGACUGGCCUGGGUGGGAGCCCCCUCAGGGAGCUCUGGAGGCAUCUGUGAAAAAAGCAAGCUUUACUCUGAUGGAAAAAAGAAGUCUCUCAACACUGGCAUAAUUACAGUGCAGAACUACGCCUCCCACGUACCUCCGAAAGUCUCUCACAUCACUUUCGCACAUGAAGUAGGACACAACUUUGGCUCCCCGCAUGACUCUGGAUCUGAGUGCACCCCAGGAGAGUCCAAAAGCCAAGACAUGAAGGAGAAGGGAAAUUUUAUCAUGUAUGCACGAGCCACAUCGGGAGACAAACUCAACAACAAUAAAUUCUCCGUCUGUAGCAUUCGCAACAUCAGCCAGGUGCUGGAUAAGAAGAGAGGCAACUGCUUUGUCGAGUCUGGCCAGCCCAUCUGUGGUAACGGCCUGGUGGAGCCCGGAGAGGAGUGUGACUGUGGCUACAGCGAUCAGUGUAAGGAUGACUGUUGCUAUGAUGCCAACCAGCCCGACAACAAAAAGUGUAAAUUAAAGCCCAACAAAGUUUGCAGCCCCAGCCAGGGUCCUUGUUGUACUCCUCAGUGCUCAUACAAGGGUCGCAAUGACAAGUGCAGGGAGGAGUCUGAGUGCGCCCACCAGGGUAUGUGUAACGGAGGGAGUGCUUACUGCCCCACAUCUGAGCCCAAGGCCAACUUCACCGCCUGCCACGGAGAAACUCAAGUCUGCCUCAACGGGGGCUGCUCCGGCUCCAUCUGUGAGAAGUACGGGCUUGAAGCGUGCACCUGCGCCAGCCUGGACGGCAAAGACGAGACUGAGCUUUGCCACGUGUGUUGCAUGGAGAAGAUGAACCCCAACACGUGCAGCAGCACGGGAUCGGAACGCCUGAUGCGUUUCUUCAAUAAGAAAGUAACAACGCUACCUGCUGGCUCCCCUUGCAACGACUUCAAGGGCUACUGUGACGUGUUCAUGAAGUGCAGACUGGUGGAUGCAGACGGGCCGCUCGCGAGGCUGAAGAAGGCCAUCUUCAACCCAGAGCUCUACGAGAACAUAGCAGAGUGGAUUGUGGCUCACUGGUGGGCAGUCCUGCUGAUGGGCAUUGCUCUCAUCAUGCUCAUGGCUGGUUUCAUUAAGAUCUGCAGUGUGCACACGCCAAGCAGUAACCCCAAACUCCCUCCUCCAAAACCACUUCCAGGGACUCUGAAGAGGCGGCGAGCGCGGCAGGAAGCCAACUCCCAGGUGCAGCACCAGUCCCAGCACCCGCACGGACACGGCGGCCACGGGGGCCACGGAGGUCACGCCGGGCACGCAGGUCACGGCGGCCAGCGGCAAGCCCGGGGACAGCAGCAGCAGCAGCAGCAGCAGCGGCAGGCCCAGCCCCAGCCCCGGCACCACCGCCAGCCCCGGGAGAACUAUCAGAUGGGCCAGAUGAGACGCUGAGACCCCGCCCCAGCCCUUCCCCCCAAUGCCUUGGCUCCUCCUUGUGCCUACAGAGGGAAACAAAAGCAUCACUCCAUCCAAAGAAAAGCCAGACGUAGUUGUUAGCCAUCGUCAUAUCCUCCAUCUAUAGACACAACAGACAGAGGCAGAAGAGAAAACACCAUCUAGCAACUCGAUUGGCUCUUUGUGGAGGAGACUCGACCAUCAGCCAUUUCCAAUGCAGUGUGAUCAAGUAUCGUUUUCCAUCUUUUUUUCGUUAUUUCUCUUUAUUCUUUUUCUGUUUGUUUUUUUUUUUUCUUUGAAGGAGUGCCAAGGAGUUAAGGAAUCGUGUAGCUUUAGUACAUUCUGUGAUGUGUUUUGCGUUCUUUUGCAACAUCUCGUUUGAGUGACGAGCCGUGGCUGCUGGUGAAUUGUUUUUAUGCUUUUCUUUUGGCGUUCUCGCCAGGAAUGAGAGACACUUCGUGGAGAUUUGCGGCACUUUUGUGAUUUACACAUGUCAAACUGCGAAAGACACAGGCUCUGGUCUCCCGUGCAGACAAGUCUUCUGCAUGUGACUGUAAAUAUUUAGUGUAUUAUAAGUGAAAGCAAACUAUUUCUUCUACUGUAAAUGUGUAAUUCACUUUUUUCUUUUAUUUUUCAGUUAGUGCUCUCAGGAUUAUUAACACACAAAUGAAGGAAUGAUGGUUGUCAUGAGUUCCUUGGACCUUGCUGUUGAGGAUUCAACUCUCUUGAGUCUCUUCAUAGUCCAGUCAGGUGGAUCUGUUUCACUCUUAGAUUGCUAGAUGCUGAUUUUCAACAAGCUCAACAAUAUCACCCUUUUUAGACCUUCUCUGUUCAAGGUCCCUCUUUUAUUUUUGUUCUCCGUUAUUGUCUUGCUUAUGUCCAUGUUGUGUAAAUCUGCAGCGGGUGACGUCACCAUGGGAGGAUCGCCUAGUUGGGCACAACAUUUAAUUAACGUCUCUUAAGGAUCUGUUUUUGGUGAUGAAGAAUCAAUAACCACUAAGUGAAGCCGAUGUUCAGAAACGAAGACGAGGGAACGUGAAGGCUGCGCCGGGUUAGUGUAGAAAUCAUGUUACAGUUAGUUUACAUGAGUGUGGAAAUAAAUUUUAAAAAUGACUAAAAAAAAAAUUAAGAUUAACUCAUUCUAUUAUUCUUCAGAUAGUGAAUCUUAAGAACUUAUUAGUGUGGGCAUGCAGACACAUUUAUUAAAUGUGACUAUUAAUUGACGAAGGUCUGUAAUGUGUGUGUGUCGUUCCAACGAUACUUACUUUGACAGCUAUUCAUGUUUGUCUUAAAGCAGCUAGACAGAGAGGCUAACGCAGCAGUAUUGACGCAUUAAUCAUGAGCCUUCGCUCGGUAGACGAGCGGCCGACCGAUCUGCUUGGUUUCUGUUUGGCUUUGUUGUUUUAAGCUUAAAAACUCGCAGCCAUCUCCUGGUCACGUCUCAUCAGAGGCCGAAUCCCCUAAAGAGCUCACGAGUGCAGGAUGUUUACAUCAGUGUGCCAUAAAUCUUUAGAAAUGAAAUCUUUGUGCACAGGUUUGUUUGAAAUACAGGAAACACCUGGAAGGUUUCUGGAGCCACUUAAAGUGAAUGGACGGAAGGAGACGUGGUCAUUUAUGAGGGAUUGUGUGACUUCAGGUGUUUUCUUCUUCCCUCUGCCGCAGCAAAGGGGCAUUCUGAACAACAACAACGGUGUAUGGUAGAGUGGUUUUAUUUGUACGUUGCAGAGUGCUCCGACUUUGCCCGCAGAGUUCCUCUGCAUGGGAGGAAAAGUAGCGCAACGCAGGUUUUUUGCAUUCCAUGUUGUGCAAGGAGAGAUUUCCAGCGCUCGUGACUUUAUUUAUCCUGGCUCCGAUGUUUUUAUAUGCAUGCAGCACUAAUCACAACUAAUAUCUUACAACACUAUCCUCAUGGGUUUCAUAACCUCACGUGCUCUGGAGGGGACAUCACCGUUACUUUCACGCCACAGAUGAAUCGGGCCGGUUGGCGGUUGCUAAAAGUCUUGAUGUCUGUACAAACGUGGAGCUCUUCUAGGUGUCGUCUCCAAGGCCACGCCCGUCAGGCCUGCAGGACCUAACCUGUAAACUUGUACAGUACUUGGAAAAAUUUGCAUUUCAUUUGAAAAAUGAAAUUGACAUUUUGAUACAUGUUCUUUUCUUUUAUAUUCCAGUUCCCGAGUAACUUGUUCAGAGAUGUUCAUAUGUGAUAAACCUUCCUCUCUUCUAAGUUAUUUAUGUUCUUAUAUGUGCUAGUUGAACUGCAGUUGCUUAUGCUUUUCACCGCCAUCGUCAAUGGAAAAAACAAAAAAAACCCAGUUCAGUGUGAUGGAGUUAAUGUUACAUUCUCAUUUUUGUCUUUCUUAUCCUGUGGCAUGGUUUGGGUAGAAGAGCAGAAGAAUAAUGCCUGUAAACUUAAUUUCUUUUUAAUUUCGUAGUCUUGGUAAAGUUUUUAGAUAAACGUGCACUGAAAAUGUCCAAAUUGAGUUGAAAUGUCGUAGGUGAUGUAGGCCGAAAGAACACAAGAUUAAAAAGUACUACUACUGUUUGAUUUUAAUGUUCACUGUGUUUUAUACAGUAUCCAAAAUUUUUGUUCACUUUGAACAUUUUUACUAAAAUUUCAAAUUGUAUUGUGCAAAGAGAUGUAAUUUUUGGAGUACUUGAAAUGCAUUAAUUAAAAGACUCGUUCAAAAUAAA